CGCUCUUUUCAGCCCCUCGCGCAGUUUCACUCAGUUCGUAGUCUUCGGCGGUUGAUGCACGUGUCACGCGGCUCGUAUUAUCGUUGACAUUUGACGGCUUUAUUAUGAUUAUUUAUUUAAUUUAAUUUUAAAUUAUUUUUCAAAUCCAGAGUUAGUAUUUAUACUGUUAUUUAUUGUGCUAAUAAAUUAUUGCUUCAUUAUAUUGUUUAGUCAAUUAAUGUGACAAAUAUUUGAAUGGAUUCUUCACACUCAAAGUUCUUUGUAUUUUGUUGAUAACAACGGAAGCUUAAGUUUCAUCGUUUAUGUCUUUAAUUGAGCUUAAUUACUGAUCACCCAAGUAUACUGGUAAUUCACAUAAAGAAGAAGCAUUUUAAUGAACGAGCAGUUUUAUGUAUGAUAAACAAUAGAGUACAUCAUAAAAGGCAAAUGUAAUAACAGCGAUAUCAAAAUCAAGGAUGAAGAAUAACGAAGACUCGCAGCUAGCAUGAUUAUAAAUAUAGCGAAAGAAAUUUGUGUCUUUCUGCUGAUCUUGGAUAUUCUGCAGGCAGUUACUACUUUUGAUCAUUACCCAGAUGAUGAUUAUGUUGUGGAGCACGAGGUGUCUUACUACAAAGCCAUUGCAAUGGCCAAAAAUCUCACUAUUCCAACAGGUACCAUACCUGGAUGUAAAGCAUGCACGAACGAAGAGAUGACCUACUGCAAAGACGGAAGUGUUAUUAAUGAUCAUUGUUGUUGUGACAGUGCUUACAAUGAAGUAUUUCCGUUUGUAGAACAUACUUGUCGAAUAGGAAGACAAGCGUGUAAAAUAAAAGUCGACAAUUGUGCUGAAUACGAGAGAUUAAGGGACUGCUGUUGUCUUUCAUACUUAGGUUCUGUGUGGAAAUAUCGAGCCGGCGGGAUUGACAGCGUAAAACCAAGUUUAUUGAUAACUACAGGAGCUUUAUUGAUACUUCAUGUAUGCCAUAAGAUGUAUAAUUAAAUAUUAAAUAUACUUUAAGCGUAAAGAUAUUUUGUAAAGCAUGCUUUCGAUGUAAUAAAUUAUUUUUUCAAUAUACCACAA